CUGCUUAAGGUGUCUGUCUGCUUCUGUGAUUGCAACAAUGUUAAUAAUUCACUUUUCUGGUGUUACAGAAAGCAUAUUGCCUGAUUUUCAGCAGAAUUCACAAAUUUUCUCUCAUGUCAAGGAGUUCUUGUCUAAUGAAGGAACAUCUAAAUAUCUACUAUUGACACUUUUGGUGAUGCAAAUAUUUAUACAGCAUAGACUCUUCCUUUCCGAAAAGCAACAAGCAAACAAGAAGCUGAAGAUGUUGACAGCUUUCGUAUUAUGUGUCCUUGAAUGCCUUAUCAUAUUUGGGACAAUCUUGUGGGUAGUAAAAGGUGACUGCACAUGUCUGGUGGCUGUUGGUUUGACCCAAUUAGUUUUGUUUUUUAUACUAGCAAAACACACAUCCCAAGGUUUCUAUAAAAUGUGUGGUGUCACAUUUGCAGCAAUGCUGUUGCUAAUAUUUGCAUUUUGCUAUUUAGAAAACUUAGAAAAAGAUGUCAUUGAUAACAUGAUGACUGAUUAUCAGAACCUUGCCAAUGCCUUUGUGAGUUAUGACUAUCAGUACCUGUGGAAGGAAGGACAAAUUGAGCCUCUGCUGUUAACAGAUAUUAUCCUGCAGAUAUUUAAUAUAUUUUUGGCUUUCUUCUUGCUAGAAAAACCAAAAGUAAGAAGGAAGCUGACGGUAUCUACAAUUUCCUUAAUAUGUGUUCAUGAGUUUUUCAUUAUAAUUGGGAUUGUCUUGUGGAAUAAGAAAGGUGACAGUUCACUGAUCCUGAUUGCUGUUUUGAUUCAAGCAACUGCAUUUAUUCUUGUGCUAGUGCAAGCAGUGUUACAAGGCUGUUAUAAAACGUUAAUGACUGUUUUUGCUAUGGUGGGGAUUCUAGCUGUUCUUGCUUAUGCAGACAUCCUUGACAAAGCUUUACAGCUGAAUCAUUAUGAAAUUCUUGCUAAAAUCUUCCAUAAUUGCACUGAGCAGUUCCUUUGGAUUAAAGGUCUCCUAAUCGACAACUGGUCUUCUUUUCAGACAUUUAUAUAUGCUUUCUUUAACGAUGUUAACAACUUUCCUGGGAUUUUAGGAGCAAGCGGAUGUCCAGUACUUGGUUUUGUUUUGUAUUUAUGUAUGCAGGUCCCUCUCAUCACGACUAAGAUAUUGCACGGUAAUUCAGAGAGGAUACAAAAUGAUGAUUUAGUCAAGCGUGAUGACAAUAAGAAAUGGAAAGAAGAAUAUGAUGCACUCAGGGCUAAAUAUGAUGAUUUAGUCAAGCGUGAUGACAGAAAGAAAUGGAAAGAAGAAUCUGAUGCACUCAGGGCUAAAUAUGAUGAUUUAGUCAAGCGUGAAGACAAUAAGAAUUGGGAAAAAGAAUAUGAUGCACUCAGGGCUAAAUAUGAUGAUUUAGUCAAGCGUGAUGACAAAAAGAAAUGGAAAGAAGAAUAUGAUGCACUCAGGGCUAAAUAUGAUGAUUUAGUCAAGCGUGAUGACAGUAAGAAAUGGAAAGAAGAAUAUGAUGCACUCAGGGCUAAAUAUGAUGAUUUAGUCAAGCGUGAUGACAGUAAGAAAUGGAAAGAAGAAUAUGAUGCACUCAGGGCUAAAUAUGAUGAUUUAGUCAAGCGUGAUGACAAUAAGAAAUGGAAAAAAGAAUAUGAUGCACCCAGGGCUAAAUAUGAAUAUGAUGCACUCAGGGCUGAAUUUGAUAAGUUGGGAAUCGUCCCUGAUAAAGUUUGGGAAAAAAUUCAAGAAUGUGAAGUUGAUAUGGUCCUGUCCCCUGACACAGCUCAUAGUGACAUUUCUGUGGAUAACGAUGCAGCACAAGUGAGAUUUACAGGAGACACUAAGGGCCCAAACACAUGGUGCUGUGUUACUGGCAGUGACUGGCUGAAAGCCCAGCAGGAUCACUACUGGGAGGUGGAGGUUGGUGAAAAAGGAAGUUGGGCAAUUGGACUGGCAUCUGAGACCAUCAAAGACGAGCAGCUCAUUGCUGAGUGCCCAACAAAUGAAUUGUGGAUCAUCCGACUAUGUAGAGGCAAGAAGUUAGAGGCCAUCACACGCACUGAUGUCAAGGAAUAUCAGUUAAAACCAAAAAAAGUGGGAUUGCAUUGGGAAGGAAACUGCUUACGUGUUUAUGAUAAGGAGAAAAAACAGCUCAUCCACAAAUUUGAUAUUGAAUACUCUGAGCACUUGUAUCCUGUCUUCAGUCCAGGGUCACAUGACAGAGGACCAUUAAUCAUCAAAAUUAAAAGCACAGAAACUGAAAAUCUGAAACAGAAGUUUGGGAUUGCUCUGAAAUUAAACACAAAGUAUCCCAACAUCAUCAAUGUGGAUAACCAACAGAUCAGGCUUACUGGAAAAGAACAGGUUGCAGGUGACUUGUGGCACUGUGUACUGGCUAAUAAUAAGCUAACAUCAGGAAAAGCCUACUGGGAGGUGGAGGUUGGUGAGAAGAGCUCUUGGGCUCUAGGAGUGGUUGCAGAUACCAAAGAAGUGAAGAUGUCAAUUCCUGAUGAACCUGAAGAAGGGUUUUGGAUUAUCAAGGUGCAGGCUGAAAAAAUUCACGCAGUCUCUUCUAGAAGUAUAAGAAUUUUAAGAAAUCCCAGGAAAGUUGGGGUGUUUGUGGACUUUGUAGAGCAAGAAUUAUCAUUUUAUGAUAUUGAAAAGAAAUACCUCAUCCACCGAUUCCACAUCAAAUCAUCAGAGAAACUGUACCCCAUUUUCAGUCCAGGAGUACAAGAUAAAGAUCCACUGAUCAUCAUCUAAUGGACUAUAAGAUGUUCCUUCUGUUUGUCAUGAAAUUGUUACAAUUUCAACCCAAUGAUUCAACAAACUGAAUUCAUGUGCGGUGUAGUAACUCUUUCCAUAUACAUUACUUCUUUCUGUUCAGGUUGAAAAAAUAUGCAGUAAUAUUUGUGUUUUUGAGGCUGUUUCCUGUUCCAGACUGAUUAAUAGUCUAGACCCUUGGUAUGAUGGUGAUGAUGCUACAUAUUUUGAACUUCUGGAAGUCAAUUUCAGGGUAUUUGUUUACAGUUACACUUUUUUAGACUGAAGUGCUAUUUUUCUCACAGCACUGUUAAAACACUGACAGUUUCAACAGAACA